AACUUAUUAAGCCGCGUUGACACACUACUUAUUUGUCAUUCAUUUUUAAUUAAGCAGUUUAAAUUUUAAAGUUUAGGACAACCUGUCAGCCCUAGGCGCUGCAGCACCGGAACGUUGACAUGUGACUGGCAGUUCAUUACACGUACAACAAAGACGCCGGCUGAGAGAAAAUAAAAUAUGUCCGCCUCGUCCAGCAAGAGCACUCUGGUGUCCUCCAUCAUCUCGGGGCUCCUGAGCCUUGUAAUCUUCGCCACGCUCCGCUUUUGUGCAGACUGGUUUAGUGACUCCCAGCUAAAGGUUCUGCUGGGCGGAUAUCUCUUUUCCUGGCUCUUCAUCCUGAGCCUCACCUGCGUAUCCAACGUGGAGAUGCUCGUCUUCGGCCAGGACUUCCAAGCUAAGCUCGUGCCGGAGAUCCUCUUCUGCCUAUCUCUGACGGUGGCUGCUGCGGGAAUAGUGCAUCGGGUGUGCGCCACCACGAGCAUCCUCUUUUCGCUGGUGGGCCUCUACUUCCUGAAUCGAAUCUCCAACAGCUACUACUCGAGCUCAGUGGCCACCGUUGACGCACCCGCGCUGCGCAAGGGCGGCAAGAAGUUCAAAUAAACGCACGGAAUCUCUAGCUUUAUGAGCUAAUUCAAACAUUCUAUUACUAAUACAAACCAAUAAAUAAUACACAGUAAAACUCA